CACAGACUCAGGGAGGAGACAAACACAGAUUCUCACUGUUCGAAAAAGCAGAACAGACGCAGCGAAAGCAGCGACCUGCAGAAGAGGGACAAACAUGAGCAAAUUUCGAGGUGCUUCACUGAAAGCAAAACUUCUGAGUCUUAAAAAGAAAUCCAAAAAAAACUUGUCGGUGAAGUCAGACGGCCGUCUUGCAGGUGCAGAUGAACCUCACCUCAGGAUCGUGAUAGUUGGGAAAACUGGAGUUGGAAAAAGUGCAACUGGAAACACCAUCUUAGGAAGAAAAGUGUUUCGGUCGAAGAUGUCGACGUGUUCGCUGACGCACAGCUGUCAGAAAGAAACGGGGGAGUUCGGUGGUCAGACUCUGGCAGUGGUCGACACUCCUGGUCUGUUCGACACCAAGAGGAGUGAGGAGGAGGUGAGGAGGGAGAUCGGCAGGUGCAUCUCGCUUGUUUCUCCCGGUCCUCAUGUCUUCCUGGUGGUCAUGCAGCCCGGCAGAUUCACCAAAGAAGAAAGAGACACGGUGAGAAUCCUGCAGAACCUUUUUGGGGAGAAGGCAGCAGAGUACACGAUGGCUCUGUUCACCCAUGGAGAUGACCUUCAGGAGGAAAGCACCAACAUCCAGGAUCUGAUUGAGGAAAACGAGGACUUGAGAGUCUUUGUUGGUCAGUGUGGAGGAGGACACCACGUCCUCAACAACCGAGAGUGGAAUUCAGGUGACGUCCGUGAGCUCCUAAAGAAGAUCAACAGCAUGGUGCAGAGAAACGGGGGCAGGUACUACAACAACGAGCUGUUCGAGGCGGCUGAGAGAGCCAUCAAGGCGGAGAUGGAGCGCCUCCUCCUAGAAAACCCCAACAUGGAGCGUGUUGUGGCCAGAAGACGAGCCGAGGAGGAGAACAGCUUCAACUAUUACGUCCGGAGAGGCGCUAUGAUCGGCGCCGCCGUGGGCUUUGUGGGCGGUCCACUGGCCAGUGGACUGGGAGCUGCUAUAGGGGCCGCUAUAGGGGCCAUAACAGGCGCCAUCCAAAGAAAUCAGUGCACCAUACAGUAAUCAUAAGCUUGUUGUACAUCUCACUAGAGUUCCUGAGAAUGUGUCUCAGUUCAUUAAUAAAAAUGAUUCAAAGUUACAGGCUCCAGUGUUGCUGAUAGAAAAAACACUCUCAAACAGUCAUUGUGUUUUCUAUCCAAAACAACAUCAAUACAAAGUUAGUCAGUCAGGUGACUGAAAGCCCACGGACAAGUUUCUGAUCUUAUCUACCAGAGAGAUGUGGAAAACAUCUGUUUGUAAAGGCUGGAUCAUGCUUUCCGCGUCCGUGUUUCUGUUUGGAGUGUAUGCGCACCACCGAUGUCCACGGGCUUCGUCUCAUGCUACACGCAGGAUGCGUGAUCUACACAUCCUUAGAACAACUUUUCCCAGCGUCCAAGCUGUUUAUCUGCUCUUUUAAUGCAGAUCAUUUAUAGAAAAUGAAGCACAUACCCUGUUAGUAUAUUAUUAUUUUUUGUGCCUGCCUCUGGCAAGGCGAAAAAUUUAAAUUAUGAGUACGGAGUGUGAUGGAAAUUUGUAAUGAGUGCAUGCUUAAUUGAUUUGUAGUGCUUGGAUUUAUUUGUUAUAACUAACCGUAGCUUUCACACACUCAGAUGUGUGAGAAACCGAAAUGCUUUGUCUAGAAUUUACUUUUCCUGAUAAUCUUAGCGUAGCAGCUGUGGGCACUUGUAGGAGUCUUCUUGUGUCCAGCCUACGCUUGGGUGCAGUCAAGGCCUCUAGAAGUGUACGUGGUAGACAGUUUUUAUAAACUUGCACACCCCUGUGAGGGCAGAACUCACCUUGUUACUCUAGUGACUGUGUGAUUUCUCAGCUGCGUAGCUUAAUAA